UCGUGAGUCGUGAUCGGCGCGCGCGCUGGUCGGAUCAAUUAUCGUUUUCGCGUAUUUAACUUUUUUUCCCUACCAACCCACCGCCGCAUUCAUCGUCAGUUCUCAGUUCAGCUCUUCGCACCGAACGUCCGUCUUCGUCAGCGUGCACCGUCCGCGGUGAGUUUUUAGGUACAUUCACUUUUCGCGCCGCCGACGCAUACCCAUACAAACCGACACGUCGGUCAACUUUCGACGCGUUCCCCUCCGGGUCAUGCGAACAGCGUUCAAAGAAACUAGGAAAAAAAAUGUCCGAUUCUAGCCAACAAUAUGUCAGUGAACAUUUCGGUCCAUUAAAGUUCCGCAGCUUCCGCCAUGCUUCUGCUUGGUAGACGCGAAAUGGAACAAUAGUCGUGCUACCACAAAUCGCUUACUGAUACCAACAGACAGUGGACACCAACCAUCAGCUAACCCCUCGCCACCACACUGCAGCUAAAACUACACGUGCAUUAAAAUGGCUAGUAAUAAUACAGAUACAACAACUGAAACUAUAGAAGUUAUCACACAACGGGCUAUAACACAAUCAAAUCCAAUAUUUUUACAAACGACUGCUUGCCAAGUGAUCGCUGGGUUAUUUGUUUGGACAGCAGUAUUUGUUACAUGCCAACAGAUAUAUUAUCAUCUUCGGUGGAACACGAAUCCAGCCGAACAACGAUGGAUCAUCCGAAUAUUGUUUAUUGUACCUAUUUACGCAUUACACUCAUGGGUCAGUUUGUUGUUUUUCAACAACGAACACUACUACGUGUACUUCUUUACAAUUAGGGAUUGUUACGAAGCUUUCGUGAUAUACAAUUUUAUGAGUUUAUGUUAUGAAUAUUUGGGCGGUGAAGGGAACAUAAUGAGCGAAAUUCGUGGGAAACCCAUUCAGUCUAGCUGGCAAUAUGGAACUUGUUGUUUGACAGGACGUACUUAUACAAUUGGGUUCCUACGAUUUUGCAAGCAAGCAACACUACAAUUUUGUUUAGUAAAACCAGCAAUGGCUUUUGUUAUUAUAUUCCUACAAUACGUUGGACAUUAUCAUGAUGGUGAUUGGAGUAUGAAUGGAGGAUACUUGUAUGUUACGGCCAUUUACAAUAUGUCCGUCAGCUUAGCACUUUAUGGACUGUUCCUGUUUUAUUUUGCUACUCGAGAUCUCCUAAUACCUUUUGAACCGGUCUUAAAAUUUUGUACCAUCAAGAGUGUGAUUUUCCUAUCAUUCUGGCAAGGUGUUUUACUGGCAGUUUUGGAAAAAGCUAAAUUCAUUGAUCCCGUCAUUGAUUCUAGUGGUCAACCCACAAGUGCUGGUACAGUGUCAGCAGGCUACCAAAACUUUUUAAUCUGCAUUGAGAUGCUGUUUGCUGCUUUAGCAUUAAGAGCUGCAUUCCCGUAUGAGAUAUACGCUAACAACGCACAAACAGGAACUGGAAAUCCGACCAAUUCGCGAACUGUUACAAUGCAAAGUAUUUCUAGUAGUUUAAAGGAAACAAUGAAUCCAAAAGAUAUAAUGACGGAUGCCAUACAUAAUUUCCAUCCACAGUAUCAACAAUAUACACAAUAUAGUUCAGGUGGACAAAAAAAUUACGGAUCAAAAAGUGGAAUCAACGACACCAGUGGAAAAUCAAAAACUGCAAAGAAACAAACACCAGUAUAUAAUGAAAAGGCGAUGUUACUGAGCUCUGACGAAGAAUUACCUUAAAUUAUCUUGUCAAAAAAUAUUUUUUCGUAUUAUACUCUGGAUUUAUUUCAUUGCUUCAACAACAAAUAUAUAAUACAGCAUAUUUAUUAAGUGUCAUAUGGACAUAUAACGAUAACAUUGUGCAAUAUACUAGUCAAAUACAACUUUUGUGCAAUAUUUUUUCAAUACUUUCGAUACAGCCAAUUGGUUUCUUAUUGUUAUUUCUCUGAUUUUAACAAAUGUUGAACUCUUACAGUUUUUGCUUUAAAAUCGGGAUUUUGAAUGUUAAUUUGCACAACCCGUCCUUUAUAUUAUUUAUUAAAUAAUCGUUACUUAAAUAUAGUUAAUUUGUCAAUGAUAUGAUGAAUAAUGUUAAUACGUGUUAUACCAUUCAGUAGAAGAACUAUUGAUCAAUAACUUUAUUCUUCCAUAUAAUAAAAUUUAUACUAUAUUGCUGACAGUAGUUACAUA